AACGAGUGGCGCUGCACUUGAACCAGUGGCAAUAUCUGACCCUCUCCCAUAACAAACACAUCAACAGUACGGUUCAGUAGCGGUAGCAGUUAGCAAUGGCUUCAACCUCUUCCUCCACUCUCACUAUAUCGUCUUCAUCAACACUUGUUGAUGCCAAGGCUCCAAAGCAUUCCUCAACUUCUUCCCCACAAAGUGUGACCCUUCCCACGCUUCCCCUUCGUACUUCCAAGGCCACUGCUUUUUGUCGCAAGCUCGCUCGCAAUGUUAUGGCUAUGGCUACCACCGGAGAGGCUCCGCCGUCUGCUGUAGCAACAGAUGUUGCCUCAGUUGAGGUGGCUGAGCUGCCUGAAUUUGUCAAGACUCUUCAAGAAGCUUGGGACAAAGUUGAAGACAAAUAUGCAGUGAGCUCAAUAGCCGUAUUUGGUGGCGUUGCACUCUGGGGCUCCACUGGGGUCAUCUCAGCAAUUGAUAGGCUUCCUUUAAUUCCGGGGCUUCUUGAGGUCGUAGGCAUUGGCUACACUGGGUGGUUUGCAUAUAAGAACCUAGUUUUCAAGCCAGACAGGUAAACCAAAACUCCUCUUGCCUAAACUACAAUUUUAGUAGUUCAGUUAAUUAACAUGGUUAGUUAUUGUCUUCCUCAAUCACAGG